AUGGCCACCACCGAACCAACACUUCCAGAAAAGACACCCGUACCCACAACCCCCUCAGAGCCAUCCCUUCCUAAGCUUUCCCAACAUGACUUCCGCAUCUACAACCGCAUGGCAGAGCAUAUGGACUACUUCCACAACCACUUUCGCGAGACUUGGAACGUUCUGUAUGCCGCCUGCGAGACGGGAAAGAGGAGUAAGGGUAUGAGUAUCCGACAGUUUAUUGCGCUGGGGCAGCAGUUUUGCGCGCAGUUGGAAAUGCACCACGGGAUUGAGGAGAGGCACAUCUUCCCCGUUCUGGCGAAGAAGCAGCCCGCCUUUAAGAAAGAACUGGAACUUCUCACGCAGCACAAGCAGAUCCACAACGGCCUUGACAAGUUGACUAAGUAUCUGGAUGAGUGCAGUAGCGGCGAGCGCGAGCUGAGGUUACCCGAGUUAAAGGAGGUUUUGGACGGCUUUGGGAAGGUGCUGUGGCAGCAUUUGGACGAUGAGGUAAAGGAGCUGGGCGCGGAGAAUAUGAGGAAGUAUUGGACGAAGGAGGAGAUGGUGAGGAUGCCUAUGUGA